CGAGAAUGAAUACCAUAAAAACUGCUCGAUCUGUGGCGAUUUCCAAAGGCCCCAUUCGUUUUCUGAGAUCAUCGUCUGUCUUGACACAAACCGAGGUGAAUGCCAAUCUUUCAAAGGAAGCCAAGCCCUAUGAUGAGAUUCCCCGACCCAACAAACUCAAAUUCAUAAGGGCAUUUAUGCCUGGAGGGGAAUUUCAAAAUGCUUCUAUCACGGAUUAUAGUUCAACGAUGCGCAAUCGGUAUGGUGACAUCUUUAUAAUGCCGGGAAUGUUUGGCCGCAAGGAUUGGGUUACCACAUUCAACACAAAGGAUAUAGAAACUGUGUUUCGCAACGAGGGCAUUUGGCCCCAUCGUGAAGGUCUGGAUUCGAUGGUAUAUUUUCGCCAGCACGUUCGACAAGAUGUUUAUGGAGAGGUUCAGGGUCUGGUGGCUGCUCAAGGCGAAACUUGGGGCAAACUGCGUUCCGCCAUUAAUCCAGUUUUCAUGCAGCCAAGGGGCCUGAGAAUGUACUACGAACCCCUGUCCAACAUUAAUAAUGAGUUCAUAGAGCGCAUAAAGGAAAUCCGCGAUCCCAAGACUUUAGAAGUCCCUGAGGACUUUACAGAUGAAAUUAGCCGAUGCAUUUUCGAAUCACUCGCACUGGUGGCUUUCGAUCGUCAAAUGGGUCUGAUUCGCCAGAACCGAGAUAAUCCUGAUGCAUUGACUCUCUUCCAGACCACAAGGGAUAUUUUCAGGCUGACAUUCAAACUCGACUUUCAGCCCUCGAUGUGGAAGGUAAUUUCGACGCCAACGUACAGGAAAAUGAAGAAAACCCUUAACGACAGUUUGGAUGUGGCCCUCAAAAUACUGAGGGAAAAUCAAGAUGCGCUGGAAAAGCGUCGCCAAGCGGGUGAAAAGAUAAACAGUAACAGUAUGCUGGAGAGACUGAUGGAAAUCGAUCCGAAAGUGGCGGUGAUUAUGGGUUUGGACAUACUUUUCGCCGGCGUGGAUGCCACUUCAACACUUCUUUCGGCGGUGCUACUCUGUCUGGCUAAGAAUCCGGCGAAACAGCUUGAAUUGCGAAAGGAACUGCUAAGGAUAAUGCCCACAAAGGACACUCUCUUGAACGAAGAGACCAUGAACGAUAUGCCCUAUUUGAGGGCUGUGAUAAAGGAGGCCCUGCGAUAUUAUCCCAAUGGCUUAGGAACUUUGAGAAGCUGCCAAAAUGAUGUGACACUUUCGGGAUAUAAUGUGCCCAAGGGGACGACCGUUUUGUUGGGUUCGCAGGUCCUCUUGAAGGACCAAACUUUCUAUGCUGAACCAGAGGAAUUUAAGCCAGAACGUUGGCUAAGGGAUCAGGAGACGGGAAAGAAGGCCCAGGUCAGUCCAUUCACCUUCCUGCCCUUCGGUUUUGGACCCCGCAUGUGCAUCGGCAAGAGAAUCGUGGAUCUGGAAAUGGAGACCACUGUGUCGAAGUUGAUUCGCAAUUUCCACGUGGAGUUCAAUCGGGAUGCCAGCCGACCCUUCAAGACCAUGUUCGUGAUGGAACCGGCCAUUCCAUUCCCCUUCAAGUUCACCGAUAUCGAAAACUAAAUCCCUUUUUAUAAGUUGUAACAAGUUCCUUAUAGCUCUAAAGUAAAUAUUGUUUUUACAAUAAAUGUUUUAUCUAUACCACCAGUGGCUGAUUAGAACUUUUCUUACCUAUUGCAUUUUAUUGUGCCACUGUCUUGAUAAACAAAAGC